AACGCAGCAGUUGCGAGAGAGGCGCGCGCGCGGUCACAACUCGGCGACGGCAGCGUUGGGGCAUGCAAAUUAUGCCAAUUAGCAUCAUCGACGCGAGCACGAGCAGUAGCAGCAACGCCAACGCCGACGAUAAGCGAACAGAAAAUGCAAAUGCAGCAGCAGGGAACAGGAGCGGCGACGUCAUCGGCGGCAGUAGAUAGCGGAGAGGGGGCGACGCCCCCCCGCGCCGACCUGCUGUCCAGGAGGAACAACUGCUCCGGCGGAUCCGGCGGAUCCGGCGACCCAGCAGCGAUCAGCACAACGAUUAGCUCCAAGCAGGAGGAUCCCAAGGAGCCGCAGGAGCAGGUGGCCAUCCACUACCUGGCCAGCUUCCACGAGCUCUGCGUGGUCACCGCCCUGCUGCCGCUGGUGACGCUCUUCACGUGCUUCGUGACCGCCUACGUCUUCCAGUACGACGAUGUACACGAGACACAUUGCCGCGUCUACAACAUAAUACCCUCGAUAAGUGCAAUUACCGGCGUCAGUCCGCAGCGCUACUUCUGGCGCUUCAGCAUUGCGCUGCACAUCGGACCGCGCAUACCCAUCGCCUUCGUCUACAAGAACUACUACCGUUCGCAGCUGCGUCGGAUUAGUCCCGCCCAGGUGCCGCGGACCAGCCUGCUCAUCACGCUGAUCCUGGUGCUCAACUGCAUCGAGAUCGCGUCCCUGGGCGGCGUCACCUACAUUUCGAAUCGAGAGAACUACCCCGUUCACGAGCGCAUCUUCAUCACGUUUAUGAUAUGUUCGCUGUGCUACAUGCUGGCCACAAUCAAGCUGAACGGCAUCCUCAACGACGGACAAACGCUGAGCGAACACCAGCGCCAGUCCAUCAAGUGGAAGAAGAUCCUCUUCGCCAUCUCCAUCGUGAGCACCGUCGGACUGCUGGUGUUCUUCGCCAAACACCGAUUCUACUGUCACGACUUGGCCUUCAGUUGGUUUGCCUUCUUCGAGUACUUGAUCGCAAUCGCCAACAUGCUGUUCCACUUCACCAUAAUCUGGGACUUCCCCUCGCAGUUCUUGAUGAUCGUGCAGGGACCCCGCGAGAAUCUCGCCCAGUACUUGAGCACCAGGCCGAAAGUGGACUAGAUUGGACUGGAUUCCCCAGCUGCAUGCCACUUCUCCAUUUCACCAUGUAAUUCCCAUACGAAACGUACAACUAACGAACUUCUUCAACUUUAAAACUAAGCGCUUCCAUACCGAUCAACAACACACAUAGCCUUCUGUUCUAAUUUCUUCGAUUCUCUUUACACACUCAAAAAAAAAGAAAAGAAAAGAAAAGAAAAGAAAAGAAAAAGAAAACAAAAGCUGCAGUCGCUAAAACCAUACCCAGAAAUAAGGAAAUGAAAACCGAAACGAAAGCGAAAGCAAAAUGUUCCAUAGUUCCACAAUUAAUAUAAAUAUAUUUAAAUAUAAAAGUAUGUAAAGAAAUUGGCCAGAUUAGAGGGCAUACCGUUCUAUGUACACAUUCUGAAUACAUGAAAUAAGUUACCUAAGGAUUAAGUGCACUGAAAAAAACCAACCAACAUAUACAUACAUAUGCCUAGUGGAUCGCAGCUCGCCAGAUCUCAUGUCAAUUUCGAAUCGAAUCCAAAGAGCGUUUCAUUUGUUAGGCAGUAAAGUAAAUAGAAAUCGUAUUACUUACCACUUAGUACAUAUCGUUUAUACAACAUGAAAACGAGCAACGGGAAAUAGCCUCCUUGGGAUUGGCCCUAUUGGCUCUUCCCAAAUAAAUUGAACGCAUUGUAACACAAUUCAGACAAUAGACAUUAAGCUGCGACAUUACGGGCAACGAACAACCAAUCCUACAGAUUUUGGGGCAGUGAUGGGAAGAAUCUAGGUUGUUUGCAUCCCAGAUUUCCAGAUGCAUCGCAAGAUAAAGCUUCAGCGAAAUUAACAUAUGGCAUUAUAAUACAUUCAUAUAACAUUAGUGAUUGAAUUUGUAUUUCCCGAAUUUAAAUUAAUGGCAAAAGUGACCGAUGAGAAGGGAUGAUUUUUGAAAAUUCGGAACCAAAGAGCUCCCUCAAGGGAUUAAAGUCUGAGAAAUUUCACUAAAUCGUAAAUUCGAAAUCAAACAAAUAGGUUUGCAUCUCGUUACCUUGAGUUCAACAAGUAGUCCUAUAUAUAUAUAUAUAUAUUCAAAUAAUGCCUAGCCAAAAACAAAAACAGUACCUUUCCCAUCACUGUUCGUAAGAUCAAGAGAUCCCGAUGGGAUGGAUGGCUUCUGAUGCUCACGACGUCAGAGAUUUAACAAUGUAGCGAAUAAACAAUUGUUCUUAGCCAACUUUAAUAGCAAAAUGAAAUUUGAAAAAUGAGAGACAAGAGAUAAGAGAUAAGAAAUGCGAAACCCGAAGUAUUUGUUGAGCGAUCCGGGUGAAAACGAACUUAGCUAACCGAAUUACAAACCAGAUUACGAUCAAUAUAUAUUUUGCAGUAACCGAAGAGGCGUAGGUAUUAUUCCCCCACAAGAGUAUUUAGCUUAAAUCGAAAAGAGUUCAAAUUGAUAUUACUUAUUUAACUUUGUACUAUACACACACCAGAGUCAAGCGGAAGCUUUUAUUCCAUAGGUACAACUAUUACUACCAUUAUUAUUAUUACUAUUAUGACUAUAUUAUGCGUUGUACUUGCGACAGAUCGACGUUUUGAGAAAUAUCCUUGAGUAGCCAGGAGGAGAAAACUUUGUACUUGAAUUUCCCCCGAACGACGUAGCUAAAUUAAUGAAACAAUUGUUAAUUCUCACACGCAAUGAAUUAUAUAUGUACGGAUACGGAUACGGAUACUUACUUCAGCGAUAUAUGCCCCUCCUGCGAUUUGUUAUGCAAUAGUUGAGUUGCCAGUUGCACCCGUUGCGAUCGAGCAAGUAUACAUAUAUUCAAAUGCAUUAUUGUUGAUGCUCACACACGCUCCGCAUCGCACUCUAUCUAUAGCUCUAUCUAACAUAUUAGCUCUGUCCCGCUCCGUUCCGAUAUUCAAUUAUGUGCCUCUCUUUCUCGCCCCCUAAGGAUAUGUACACGUACUUCCAGUUGCAUCCGAGGAGUAUGGAUAUAUGUGGUAUACAUAUAUGUAUAUGCGCUUUAUAUUUAUAAAUCGCUCACUGGCUAUUUUCUAUUUGUUUUUUACGGCAGAAAGCAGCAGCUCUGGGAUGGUCACUUUUUAAAAUGCAACUUUUUACCUUUGCAUAACUUUUUAGGCGACACAACGUAAGAGAAUUAAUUACAAAAUAAAAAACCAAAUAUAUUAACUAUGAAAUAUGUAAACUUUGUAGCUUCCUAAUUUGAAUAAAGAUUAAUACAACUCAAA